AUGUGGUGGAAAUACAUCGUGGAGCUCACCAACGAGUACAAAAUCCUCCGGGGUAUGAUAUCCUACUCGGCCCUCUGGCCCAUUGGGUGCCUCAUCCAGCAGACGUUUGAGGGCAAACGUCUCCGGAACUACGACUGGGAGCGGUGCCUUCGAUACAGCCUGUAUGGUACGUUUGUAUCUGCCCCGAUGCUGUACACCUGGAUGCGUUGUGCCAACAUGAUGUGGCCCCGGACGGACUUUCGAUCUUCGCUUGCCAAGGCGUUCACCGAACAGGCCGCUUACGAUCCGUUCGCUAUCGUCUUGUUCUUCUACGGCAUGAGCAUCCUCGAACGUCGAACACAGCAACAGGCUGGCGAUGAGGUAAAGUCCAAGUUUUUCGACACCUACAAGGUGGGUUUCUUCUACUGGCCUGUGGUACAGACGGUCAACUUCUCGCUUGUUAAACCGAAGAACCAGAUCGUCGUUGCCGGGUUCUUCAGCCUCAUCUGGACGACGUUUCUCGCGUACGUCAAGUCGAGUUCUAAGGUAGAAGAGAAUCCAAUCCUUGAAGUGAAAGCCAGAACAUAG